GUUGCCCGUUCUGUUUUCCGUUUCGCACGUAUUCCCGUCGACUUUUCCGAACUUCCCGGGGGAUACCCGGUGCGUGUUUUUCAGUUUUGAGGAGGACAACACGCGCAGUCUGAACAUGAGGUCUCCGACGUUUUUACUUUGUCUUCUCGCCGUUUGUUUAACAGUGGCGUUUGCCCAGGACAAUCCAUCGUUGGAAAUCCAACCGAAUUCAGUGAUCAAAGCAAUUGGUACCAGUUUGGCUCUGACGUGCAGACCGAAAGCCGAGAAGCCCAACCUGGUGACACAACUGGAAUGGCGGGAUCAAAAUGGCAGAAAAAUUGAGUCAAUCAGGUCGAAUCCCCUUUACACUUCGCCUCUAACCGGCGAGCCAGGGAUUCUCCUAAUCUUCGCCAGUCUGACGGAGAACCAGGGAGGCACUUACACUUGUCAGGCGAAUUAUGCUUCGGAAACGAUUAGGGCAGAAGUUCCGGUCCGCACAUAUGUUGAUAUUGAUUUUGUGGACGCUCCGGAGUCCCAGUAUCCAGUAGUUGGUACAGAUUACACGGUAAAAUGUAAAGUGAUCGGUAACCCAUCUCCAACAAUUGACUGGAAUAAAAAUGGAAUAAGUAUAAAAACUACGGAUAAAUACAUCGUGGACAACGAUCAACUCCUGAUCAGAAACGUAACUGAAGCAGACGAUGGAGUGUACAAAUGUACUGCUGUAGUUGUCGAAACUGGACGGAUCAAAACAAGAGAUAUCAAGGUUGAGGUACAAGUGCCGCCAAAAAUUGAAAAAAUCGAGAAUCUCUCGGUAAUAGAAGGUGUAUCGGCUGAAGUCGUGUGCAAAGCUUAUGGCAAACCGCCACCAACUUACACUUGGAUCAAAGAGAAAACUCGCGAAAAUCUCGAAGUAACCGACAGAUUCGACGUGAAGAAGAACGAGGGCAAACUGAUAAUCAAUCGAGUGGAAUUCAACGACGACUCCAUGUACAAGUGUACCGCCGAGAAUCCCGCAGGCAGAGCAAGCGAAACUGUAAAAAUAAAUGUUUUGGUCAAACCAAAAAUUUACGAGCUCUUAAACGUGACUUCUCCGACUGGAAGCGAAACGAAAUUAAUUUGCAAAACUCAGGGUCGGCCACCACCGAAAGUUCUUUUCAAGAAAGUGGGCAGCCACCAACCAUUUAUCACAGGAAAGCAGUUGCUCGAUAACCGAAUUACAACGCAGCUGGAGACGUUCGAUGACAAGGGGGAGGCUUUUGGAAUUUUGAACAUUAAGAAUUUGAACAGAUCAGAUGAUGGCUUAUACGAAUGUAUUGCCGAGAAUACAGCCGGAAUCGCUUACAAAAAUGGACAUAUCACUGUUGAAUUUAUGCCCAAUUUCGACAGGUUCCAAACUCUGCCAUCAGUUUGGAGCUGGAACGAUCGACCCGGAAACUUAUCUUGUAUACCAGAAGCAAUUCCAAAUGCCACCAUUGUUUGGAAAUACAAUAACAUUAUCGUCGACAGGAACAAUUCUAAUUUCCAGAUUAUAGGCAACGGUCCAGUUUCGAAUUUGAUUGUUUAUCCAUUUAACCAAGCUAGAUUUUUCACUCAAUACGAAUGCGUUGCCACCAACAAACUUGGUACUAACUCGACAAAAAUAUGGUUGAAACAAGGUUUUGCUCCGAAGGAAAUUAAUCAGAUCAGAGCUGAUAAAAUAACUGCGACAUCUAUUACCUUUAGCAUCGUUCCUCCAAGCCUUUUCGACGGACUUCCCAUCAGAACUUACACGGUUAGAUACAAAAUUGCGCAGGAGCUUUCCUGGGAAAAUGCAAUGAACCAUACUUGGAGUAGUAAUUCACCGUACAUUUUGGAGAAUUUGUACCCUGAAGCAACCUAUCACUUCACGUUUGCGGCAAGGAAUGACGUCGGUAUGGGUCCCUGGAGAAGCAUUGAGGCAAUUACGAUGCCAAGAAGAUCGGAACCAUCGGAACCAAAAAUUUUAGUUGAGGAUCACAACCAGAACCAACAAGAAAAUGCAGUAAAUAGAGAAGACAUCUACACCAUUAGCCAAUACGCUGAUCAUUAUGAAUUGAGAUGGAACGUACCCAACGACAAUGGGGAUCCCAUCCAACAUUAUCUUGUCAGAUACUGCGAGACGAACAAAAUCAACGGUGAAUGGAGGGACAGCGAUUGUUCAGAGCAAUUCACUCAAUCAGUCAAGUACACCAGUUUUGAGUUGGACCACCUUAAACCGGACACAGUGUACAAAAUCGAACUGAGGGCACACAAUUCGAUUGGUGACAGUUCGCCAGCACAAAUCAAAAUCAAAACGGCACAAGGUGUAUUUUAUGGAAGUUCUACAACUCCUUCUAACCAAAAUCUACUUCAAGCUGCAAUGAUUAUUCUGGUGCUAUGCGCAUACCAUAUAAAAUGGUAUUAAAAUUCACACCGUAAUCCGAAACAUAGAGACUCUGUUAGAAAUAACAAUUCUUUGAAUAAUGAAAUUUUAUAAAUGUGUUCCAAAAAUUAUAUAAAUAAAUGUGUAAAUAAUUACGGUUAAAUUGCAUUUAGAAAUCAUCUCAUCCGCUUCGAAGCAUUUUUAUUUCACUUUUGACGUGUAAAUACAGGGUACUUAAUAAAACAUAAUCAUAAAUCGAACUAUAAAGAACUGAACUCAUUCACUUUGCUCAUUGAUCCAUUAAUUGUGCCUAAUAUGAACUACUUUUACUCUAUAAAAAUAUUCUACAACCGACCACAAUUUUUUUUAUAUUAAAAUAUGAUCAUAAAAUUAUAAUUAUAUAAAUGAAACGAUAGUGAAAUAAAAAUGACUGUCAGUCAUUAUAGGCUUUCUGCAUGUCAUCCACUAAUACAUUCCAUCUUAAAUUUUAUCCUUAAGCAUGUUCCAUCUGGCUUGUUAUUUUUUUCCAUAUUCUUUCCUUAUUUUUGUUAUAGUUAAGGCAGCAGUUUUUACAUUUGUAAAAUCCGUUUUUAUUGGGCUAAUUUUGAUUUUGUUGUUCGCUAUUUCAUCACUAACAUCUGUAGAUUCAUCGUAGGUUAAAUAAAACUAUUUGUGAUGCAUGUUGAGAGAAAGAAAUAUAGAGCGAAUGUGUUGGUUGUUGUAUCCUUUUUAACAAAUGUAGGAUUCAGUAGAUUAGUGUUUUAGUAAAUUGUUAUGUUUUGAAAAUAUCCUGCCACGGAAAGUAAUUUCGCAAGAGGAAUUUUAUGUUUGUUGAAAGGCUUACAAGAGAAAAAUCGACGCUGCCAAUUGUUAGUUAUAUUUAAUUCUAUCGAAUAAAUUGUUUAUUGAAUAAUUGUAAGAGAUAUAUUAAAUAUAUUGCAACAAUCGUAAUCCCAAUUGUUAAGAAUCAUUGUGAACAAGUACGACAGAUGAAUUGGUUAAAGUUUAUUAAUCAGAUGAUCAAAAUGCUUCAUCUGUUGUACACAAAGACUGAGAUCAAAUUUGAAACAAAUAAUCUCUUUUGUAAAGCGAAACCUAAAAUAGGUGCUACCCUUUCAUAGAUGUCUAAAUGUUUUUUGUUUAUAAUAGCAUGUCUGAGCAUGUUUAUUAGAAUUUUGUUGUUAAUUUUUAUAUCUCUAAAGAGUUUCCAGUUUUAGCUUAGCUACUGGACACUUUUUUUUUCACCAUAGUUUUAAACGCCCAGUGUUUUAAAAUAUAAUUUAACUUUGGACAAUAAUAAUUUCUUAAUUUUAUCAAAUAUUAUAAGUUAAAAAAGUGAUGUCAAUUUAUAUAUAAAAAAAAAUAAAAUUCAUUAUAAGAUA